CCCAUGUGGACGUUGCGAACUGUCAACACAGACUUGUCGACAUCUCUAAGAAAGGAGGAGAAGCCUACCGUAUCUAUCAAAGCCUCAGCAUCUGUGGAAGCUAAAGACAAGAUGAAGGUUGUCGGAUCUACCUGCGCCCUGAAGAGCAAGGUCGGCGGAGAGAUCGGCCUCUCCGAGCAGAGCUUGGCCAUCUCCAAGUGCAAGAUCCCGCUGCUGGACGAGCAGAUGAGCGUAUUCCUGCAGGACAUGAACAGCUGCUACAGCAAGCUGAAAGAGCUGGUGCCCACCCUGCCCACCAACAAGAAGGCGAGCAAGGUGGAGAUUCUGCAGCACGUCAUCGAUUACAUCUGGGACCUGCAGGUCGAACUGGAUGAGCCGGAGAAGAGCCGCCAGCAGCACGCCGUCCCACGCACGCCGCUGACCACGCUGAACGCAGAGCUCGCCAGCAUCUCAGUGGAGAAUGGCUGCUCAGAAGAGAGGAUAAUGUGCCGUUAAGAGUUGAUUGAGCAUCAUCUCCAUCACCAUGGAAGCCUGCGCCAGAGGAGAACCAACAAGGCGAACCAAGAGGGACUUCUGGACCACAUCGAAAUCUAGCGCCUUGAACUGUAUCGGGAUGUUUCAAAACUCCCAGAAUCAAAUGCUAGAAAACCAGACUGGGAAUCCUCCGGUCGCUGCGGACUCUUGUCACUCAGCUCUCGAUUCAUCCGAGGGCUCAGAGAGCGGUGGUGUUCAGAUCUAGACUGGGUUAGUCAGGGGGACCAAGACUAAAGUUCAGAGCGACUAACGUCGGCUUGUUGCUUGUAGAGUUUCUGAAAAACAACAACUUGUGAUUCUGCCAUGCUCUUUUGUAUUUUGUAAAUCCUAUAAAGAAUUCCAAACAUUUUGUAAAA